CAAGAGGGGUUAUGUAAGAAUUACUGUGUACAGAUUAUUGUUAUUAAAAAAAUAAGUCGUUUUCGUUUUGAGAUAUUUUUGAGCACAGAUUGGGCAACUUAAGUCAAAAACCAUCUGCACUCCCCUGAGGAAUCCCAGAGGAAGGUUUUAUAUUCCUGCAUUGCAACCUCAAGUCAGAUACAGCUCUGCCUGCAGUGCAGUCAAUUUACAGAGAGGACUCAACUGUUCAAAUAUACACUCAUGUACAGAAGUGACUGAAUUAUAUGCUCGAUUUGUUGAAGAGGACGUUGGCAUAUGUGCCUGGCCAUCAUUACAAAAACCAGUUUGAUCUCCCCUGAUGGCUCCUUCUACACGUUUGGUCCUGCUGCUGCAGCUCCUCAGCUGGAUAUCAGCUAGUCUGGCAUGUUUCUGUGACAGAUACCCCUGGAGCUCCUGGUCUACUUGCACCACGACCUGCAACCAUGGUACACAGCAAAGAUACAGGAAUUUUCAGAAGGAUGAUUAUUUCUGGAGGAGCAGCUGUUCUCAGCUAUGUAAGGGACAGGACAGGAGAGCCUGCAACCAGCAGGCCUGUCCAAUCAACUGCCUGCUGACAGAGUUUGGGCCGUGGUCUGACUGCUCACCAUGCGCCAAGAAACAGUUGCGGACUCGGUCUGUCCUCAGGCCGGGCCAGUUUGGUGGUUCCCCCUGCAGCGUGGAGCUGACAGAGGUGAGGCCCUGUUACCCCUCCACAGAGUGCAAGUUAGCACCGAUUGACUGCAAAGACAACUUUAAGUGUGAUAAUGGACGCUGCAUCAACUCAACGCUAACAUGUAACAGACAGAACGACUGUGUAGAUAACUCUGAUGAGAGGGACUGUGCGGAAUUCAAAGUGGUGUGUCCGGCAGAUAAGAGAGUGGCCCCCGGGGCUGACCUGGUGGGAAACGGGUUUGAUGCUCUAGCAGAGGAGCCAAGGGGAGCAGUGCUGGAUAACAUGUUUAUGGGAGGAAGUUGCAUAAUCAAAAGGCCUCAAAGCACGCGGCUUUACCACCGCAUCCCUCACAACUUUGAGAGCUUUGACAUUAAGGUUGGAGUACCUGAGGACUUCAGCAUUGAGCCGCAGCCACUGCAGGCCGAACCCAUCAAUGUGAAGACAUCAAUAAGUUCUCCUGAAGACAGCCAAAGGGAAUCGGACUUGUUCAUCUUUCCCAUCUUUAUCUUCAGUAGAGGAUCAAAGACGCAUGUCAGCUCUAACAAGGGAGCUUUUGAAGCUUCAAAGAAAAUAGACUCCUCAUUUAUCCGGGUGCACCAGGUUCUUCCUGUGUCAACAUUCAAGGUGAGGGACCCGGGUGACCUCGUCCUGUCAGAACCUUUCCUCCAGUUCCUUCACGCUCUUCCCCUCGAUUACAACUACCCCCUCUACAGGGACAUCUUCCAGCGCUUCGGGACACACUACUACAGUUCAGGGAAGCUGGGGGGCCACUAUGAUCUGCUUUACCAGUAUAACAGAGAGGAGCUCAAAAGUUCAGGUGAAACAGAGGAGCACGUAAGAGGAUGCCUGAGCCGAGAGACCGCCUGGACCAUCAUCCUCUAUACUGAAUACAGCAGUGUAGCAAGAUGCAGUGACAACAGGAUGACUGAGAAAUAUCGAGGCUCAUACGUUCAGUCAGCAGAGAAGUCUUUCUCUCAGGUGAAAGGAGGUCGAACCAGAGAGGCAGCAGCUCUGGCCUGGGAGAGGCAGGGCGCCACACCGGACAAAACGGCCUACAAGAACUGGGCCAAGUCUGUCCUCGACAACCCUGCUGUGGUGGAUUACAAGCUGCUGCCCAUCAUUAAUCUGGUCCGUGGGAUCCCCUGUGCUGCCACAAAGAGGAGACACCUGAGGAAGGCCCUGCUGCAGUACCUGGAGGAGUUUGACACCUGCAAGUGUGCUCCCUGCCCCAACAACGCCAGGCCAGUUCUCUCCGGCACAGAAUGCAAGUGCCUUUGCCAGACCGGCACAUUUGGCACAAACUGUGAAAAACGAGCUCCGGACUACACUUCAGAGGAGGUGGAUGGUUACUGGAGCUGCUGGGGGCCGUGGAGUCGCUGUGGAUCCACCAUGAAGAGACAUCGGACGAGACGGUGCGAUAACCCCACCCCCAUCAGAGGAGGCCAACCAUGCCAGGGCUCUAACAGAGAGGAGGAGACAUGUCACAUCUCCAUCUUCCAAAAACAGGACACGUGCAACAACGAUGAUGACUUCACUGUGGGCUGGAGGGACGAGCUGCCUCCUGGUGUGCAGGGCUGUCUGAGACCACAGAAGCCUGCCAACAGCUUCCUCAUAAAAUCCAAGCAGUAUUAUAACUUUGGUGAGGAUGAGGAGUUUCAGUGCUUCACUGGAUUUGACCUGGAAGGUUUCCAGUUCAUCGACUGUCUGCCUGAUGGGACGUGGAGUCAACCGAAAGGAAGCUGCCUCAGAAAGAUCUGCCUUCCUCCUGAAAUCCCUGAUGGGAUGACGCUGUUCCCCAACAAAGAGGAGUACAGAGUGAGUGAUUCAGUGGGUCUGAACUGUAAUGAAGCGGGCCUGUCACCGCUGCCAAGAGGCUCCUACAGAUGUGGCAACAGUCUCACGUGGGAGCCUCCGCUACCAGCUGACCUACUCUGCACUGACGAGGAACCAUUUGUACCUGAGGGUCAGUGCGGUCCAGGACAGAAACUACAGAACUCUCGGUGUGUCUGCAUCCAACGGGAGACCUGCCUUUCACAACCACAGAGUCUCUGUAUCCUGAACGUACACGUCGGGGUCACCGUGCCGAUGUCCCUCUGCUCCUUCCAAGCUGGUCGUUGCCACAACGAUCCGCUCUUCUUCAUCAGCGAAGGCUCCUGCGACGAGGUCGACGCAGCCAAACUGGAGUGGGCUAAGUUCAGGGCCACAAUGGGCCCUAAGAGCUCUCUUCAGGAGCCCUGCGAUCUUGACACCUGUUAUGAAUGGGAGACCUGCUCUGAGUCUAAUAAGUGUGAGUGCAGAGCUGCUCGGGACUGUGCCAGAGGUGGAACACAGAUGUUCUGUGUGAAACUGACCAAGACCCAGAGGACCCGCAGCUUGGACCUUUGUUCUAUGGCCGCCCUCAAAUGUAUUGGCUAUGAGUUUGAGAUCCUCAAUGAAGGCGUCUGUGAGGCCAGAUGAUGCUGUUAAAGCUUGUCUAAACUAUAUUCAUGAAAGAAAUCUACACCAGCAACCAGGUAUACCGGGUUCAAACAACCAAUGCAACUCAAACCAAAGGCACACCUAAAUGGAAAGUCAGAAGCAUUGCCAAAUUAGACUUAAACAGUAGGGAUGGGGAAAAAAUCGAUGCAGCAUAGUAUCACGAUGUUUUGCGUGGCAAUAUUGUAUUGAUACACGGACAAAGUUUUUAUUGCUUUGGGGACAAAAUUUGCAGGUGAAAAAAAGGUAAUGAAUUGCAAUAUAUCACAGCAUAUCGCAAUAUAUUUAAAAUCGCAAUAAUAUUGUAUCGUGACACAAGUAUCGUAUCGUGGAGCCUCUGGUGAUUCCCACCCCUAUUAAGCAGGUGGUUUAAGUCUAUAUGUACAUGAAGGCAGCAUGACACCAUGGAAAGCUUAUUUCAAAAAGGAAAUGAUAAUUGGGUUUUCACAAAAUGUCAGUAAGUAAUUUAGAAUGGAAAAUACACUUGGAGAAUGUAUUGGUGAACUGAAGCUAAAAUAAUGAAAAAUGUGUGAUUGUGCUACCUAUUGUCAGAUUUGGAACACAUUUGGCGCCAUUCUUGAUGGGCAUAUCGAAUUUAGUGAAAUUUCAAUUACGCUGCCAUGUUGUGCCUUUUCAGAAAAUAGGCUCUGAAAGUGAUUGAUCAUCUGACCGAUCCUCAAGACAUUUUACUGUUAAGUUUCUUUAAUUGACACUCUAAAUCCAACCAGAGCUCUUCCUAAUUUGUCUGUUAACCUGAUCUGACCCACUUUUAAAGGACAGAGAAGGCAGCAGUCAGUUAGUCAGUCUAAUCACAAGCACACAGUGGAAUAUUCACACUUGCUAAAUGUUCUUCACGUGAAAUAAUAAAAAUAUAAAAUCAU